AUGUCAGAUUACAUUCCGUGCCAUUUGCUUGCCAAUGUGCUUUUGAUGUUACCAUGUGAUUCUCUGCUACGAUCCAGGUGCGUUUCAAAAUCAUGGCGCGCUUUAAUUGAUAGCUCAGACUUCAUCAAAAUGCAUCUCCACAGAGCCCACCAAGAAGCAAAUUCCUCCAAUGGGAUCCAAAUUAUUGGCCUGAAACAAAACACCUUCUACACUUUAAAUUUGGAUCUUGAAGCUCAUAGCUCUAGAACUAGUGGAAGCGCCAAACAGCUCAACUGCCCUUUGGAUUACUCUGGCAAUGAAGUUCGUUUGAUAGGAUCUUGCAAUAGCCUCCUCUGCUUGAGGUAUCCUUACAGACGUGAAAUUGUUUUGUGGAAUCCAUGGAUUCAAAAGUCUUGGAAAUUACCCUCUUUCCCAGUUGAAAAUUCCAUGUAUGGUCGAGCUCCUUUUCUUCUCGGGUUCGGGUAUGACCGCGUGAAUGAUGACUACAAAGUGCUGAACAGGAUUAGCUCUACAAGUCUAUUUGAUACAGAUCGAUUGAGCUGGUGUGAUGAAGUCUUUGUUUAUAGCUUAAAGAUGAACACAUGGAGAAGGACGGAGCAUUUUCUGUUUAAGGUGUCCGACUAUGACUGCUAUUGCACUGUAGAUUGUGUACUUGCCAAUGGUGCAUUACAUUGGCUCAUGAAGGAAAGGAGAUUGAAUGGCGUUAGUUACAUCAUUUCCUUUGAUCUUAGCAGUGAAGAAUUCCGGAAAUUGCCUUGUCCAAGGUAUCUUGAAAAUUUUGUUCACCAGAACCUGAGGGUCUUGAAUGGAUGCCUUUGUCUAGUGCCCUAUUAUAAAGUAAAUGGAAGAUAUGCUGCUGAUUUAUGGGUAAUGGAAGAGUACGGGGUGGACAAAUCUUGGGCCAAGUUAACUUCUGUUACAAUGCCUUUAGGUUCGAAAUUUCGGAGCUUAACGCCUCUAGCUCUGUCAAAGAACAAGAGGCAAUUGCUUUUGCAGAUUGACGGAGAAAAGCUCAUUCUUCAUGAUCUUGAAACAAAAUGCAUUAGUGAUUUAGCCAUUAGGGGCGAUGCGAGUUACUUUCAAUCAUCAUGUACAUGUAUUGCAAGCCUUGUUAGGCCUUUAGGAACUGAUUAG